GCAAGAGGGGUCCUGCCUCUGCAAAUUGCCCGCCCCUUCCUUGUGGCCUCUUGUGCAAUCGAUCCUCUCGGCUGCCUCCCAAUUCUGCUCGCAUUGUUUUCUCCUGCUGCUCGGCUACAAAAAUCAGAAUUCCCUCACCCUUUGUCUGGUCUCAAGCUCGGCAUUCCCAAGAGUUCAAACCCGUUUUUCCCAGGAUUCCUUUCUCGGCUCCCAUCACAACCGAAGCACAUCUGCUGUGAGCUCUACGCAAGGCCAGCAAACCCCGCGUUCGUUCGACCGUCUAGUGAGCCUUCAGUCGUCACCUCGGGCCUUCCCGCAUCCAACCAGGUUGCAUUCAAGCAUACGUACAAGCACCCAAGCCCUCCAAGACCACCAAGUCUCUCACCGACACACCCGGACAAAGACUUGACCCUCAUCGACAACUUUUGCAACCUAGGCAAAGAGCCAAGAUAUUAGACACCAGUCCUAACCAUGUCUUUCUUCAAGAAGCUCACCAAGGAGUUUGAGGACCUCAAGACCUCUUUUUCCGAUGACAAGAAGGACGAGAAGAAGCCCGAAGAGUCACCCGCUCCUCAGCACCAGUCCAGUGAUACUCGCAGCUACUACCCCUCUCAGGCUGCACAGCCCCAACAUACCGAUUCCGGCUACAGCAACGGCCACAGCAGCUACGCCCCGAACCCCGCUUCCGAGUCCCGGCCCUCCCCCGCUCCGGCUCCCGACGGCCCACCUCCCAUGGCUGCGCCCUCCGUCCCUCCCGGCUGGGUUGCCCAGUGGAACGCCCAGUACCAACGUUGGUUCUACGUUGACCACAACACGGGCCGUUCGCAAUGGGAGCACCCUGCUCCGCCUCCUCCCUCAGCACCUCCGGUUGGCCCCCGCCCGGGCGAUGAGCAUUCCGGCACUAGAGCUUUCGGUUCUCCCGCCCCUGGUGGCCACGGUGGUAGCUACUACGGGCAGCAGCCCACCCCCGGUUCGGGCUACGAUUCCCCAGCCCCUGGAGGCUAUGGAGCUCCUUCGCCUUACGGCCAACCAGGCGGCUAUGGAGCCCCUUCACCUUAUGGUCAGCCUAGUUACGGACAGCCUGGCUACGGUCAGCCCGGUCAUGACCAGUCUCGCGCCUACGGGAACGACCCCUACAAUGGUCACGGCACCGAGCAAAAGAAGAGCAGCAGUGGCAUGCUCCUAGGUGCAGCUGGUGGACUCGCUGUCGGUGCCGUCGGCGGUGCUCUGAUCGCCAAUGCCAUGAAUGACUCGGAUGACGAAGCUCAACAGCAGCAGGCUGCUGCGGCCGCCGCGCCCCCUCCUGAGCAAGCCUACUACGCCCCACCUCCCGAGCAGAAUUACUACGCACCGCCCCCUCAGGCUGAUGAGCCCGCCUUUGAGGACGGCCCUCCUCCUGUUCUUGGCGCCACGGAUGCCGACGGAAACUCUGUCGAUUCGAGUGAUCGCGAGGAGGUUGCUGAGGCUCGUGCCGAGUAUGAAGAGGCCCUGGCCGCCGCCGCCGACUCGGACGCCAGUAGCAGCGAUCACGAGGCUGUCGAGGAGGCACGUGAGGCCUACGAGGAGGCCUACGAGGAACAUUACGGUGGUGAUGAAGAUGACUGA